UCUUGUGCGAGAAAAAAGGAGAAGAAAGAUUUGACGGAACUUAUUGAUUUUAAAAGAUAUUUUUUAGAAACGCGUGAGAGGUCGCUUUUUCAUUUCGGCCAGUCGGCUUGCGGCCUUUUAAUUCUGCAAUCAUGUCGAACUCCAAUUUGUUUAUGAAAUCAGGCUAUCUCCGAGCCCAUUUAGGCAACGCUGUCGGUCGUUAUGUUUGUCAAUUACAAAGAGUGACUCUAAAGUUUUGUAAAAAUAAUGGAUCAAGUCGUGGCAUGCGAGAUUUUGUAGAGAAUGACCUAAUCGAUUACGCGAAAAGUAACCCAGGAACUGUAGUUUAUCUCAAACCAAGAAGGCAUAGAGGUCCUGUUAUAGUUGCAGAAUAUCUCAAUGGAAAAAAGCACUGGAUCCCAUGUGCGAAUUUGAACCGGGAAGAAGUAAUAAAAUGGAUGGAACUUGUCCGCACACAAUCCCACGAUGGUUCAGCUGAAAGGUUACGAAAACUUUGGUACACAGAGUUUCCAUCGAUUCAAGGACCCUGGACUCCAUUCACCUUUAGAGACCCUGCCAAAAAUAUUGCAAUAUAUCCCGAUUCAAAAUUGGGAGAAGCGAAAAAGCGUGGGAAGACAGCAACAGAGCAAGUCAUAGAAAUGUUCAAAGCUCAGCAACUUUCUGAACCCAAAGAAGAAGGAAGUAGUAGUGUGGAAUCCAGAGCGUAAAUUUGUACUUGUUUAUUAUAAUUGGUUUCAAAAAUUAGAUAUAAAGUUAAUAAAUCAAUUUACAAGCUAAA